AUGCAAUUGUGCUGUGGCGAUAAAUUGCCCAAUGGAGUCGACAAUGUUAACCUGUACACAUACUCAAUCAGCCAAUCUACUACACACACACACACACACCAACGGCGUCCAGAGUCGCGUUUUCAGAUCGAGUCCGGCAAUCUCCACUCGACCUGUCCUUUAUCUCUUCAAUUCCAAGCGACCAUUUGUUUCAUUGGCCCCUCGAGAGCAGGCACUUGCGGCCCUCGGGACUCCACAUUCACCGACCGGGUCCGCAAAUGCCUUGAGCUGGGCGACAACAAUUACGUUAAUACAAUCUCCUCUUCCCGUGGCUGGGCGACCAAUUACUGUACUAGCCCCCAGUACGCCGGACGCAGUUAUUGCCUGCGUUUGGGGCAGAAAGAGUCAAUUGGGCAAAGAGUUGGAGUGCUCCCGACACUUAAGAAGAAGCGCCGAAUCCGAUUUUCACCAGUCGACUCCUCACUCUCCGCGAGUUGA